UUCUUUAGUCCAGAGGCCACCUCCUUCCGCUACACUUGGCGCCCUUUCCUCCCUCCUGACGCUCCGAGGGCUCCUGGGAGUGAAAUUGCCUGCUGGCUCUGGGAGAUCGGCUUCUCGUAACAUUUGAAGUCGUGCAGAGAUGUCUCGACCCGGACCUGUCCCCAGGAACCACCUGCUUGCCGCCUACUUGUCGGGGCAGGUCCCUGGACAGCUGCCCAGCGAGGAGGUCUCUGGCAUGACCCACCCUGGCUACUUCGAAUCCACCGGCAUGCUGGCCCCUCCCGUCAGCAACCCCAGCCCCGUGGCCCUGCAGCUGGCUCUCAUCGCAGACGAGAUGGACAUAUGGCUCAGGACCCCCCGCUUUGUCCAGCUGACCUGCGUGGCCCUCAGCACUGUGCACAGCUUGGGCUUCAGCUACCUCCAGACAGGUGUGAGAGGGGUGCUCUGGUGUUUCCACCAUUGCCUCAGCAAGCUCAGGGUAAAAACUCUGCUCCGGAGACGCCCAGGGCUCGGGCGCUGGGUGGUGCCCCACCAGGUGUGUGAACAGGUGCUCCCGUUGACGCUGCUGGUGCUCCUCGGCAUGGUGCUCCACCUCCUCCUGCCCAAGUGACGCCACCGGGGAGCGAGGGUGGGGCUGGCCCCCGCCCCAGACUGCCACCCUGGUGGUGGCGGCCGGCCUUGGUGCCAAGUUGUGCUUUGUGAUUUUUUAACUUGUUGCUUUAGAAUGAUCCCUUUUUUAUAUCUACCCCCCACGCCGGGCAGUGCUGGGCCGCUGUCGAGACGUCCUUCUGUGGAGUUGUUUUGGGGAGGUUGUGUUUUAGAGAAAUGAAUUCCUAGUGCCCCUGUGGCCGUUACUGGUUAGCGGCCAGCAUCCAGGCCUGGCUGGGCCUUGCCCUCCUCCGGCCUCAGCCCUCUGAAGUGGCCCUCCCUCCAGGGUGGACAGCAGGGGUAGUGCUGGCCACACCCUGUGUCCGGGCUCCCGGAGAAUCUGCUGGACAGAUGUGGUGGGCUGGGGAGAGUGGAAUAAAC